GUCAUUAUUUUAUUGUUUUUUUCUGAUACUAACGGAUAUUAAGCGAUCAUGCAUUACUUGUGUAUGAUCACUUUGCUGAUUUCUUCAGCAACGGCAUUUACAAAUAAUUUAAACCACCUGUUGCUAAAUUUAGACCUACCUCAGACGAAUAUGACUUCAGCCGAUGAGAAAUGGAUUGAACAACCGCUAGAUCACUUCGAUCCAAAAGAAAAAAGAACACUCAAAAUGAGGUACUUCGAGAAUCUACAAUUCUGGCAGCCGAAUGCACCAAUCAUCGUGUUCAUUGGCGGCGAAGGGAAAGUAGAUCCGAUGUGGAUAGGAGACUAUGACGUCUUUUUGACAGUUAAAAUGGCGAAAGAAACGCAUGGUGCUCUGUUUGCAACAGAACAUAGAUAUUACGGUAAGAGUUUGCCAGAUAUUCCGAAAGAUAAUACAAUUGAAUACUAUAAGUUUCUGAGCUCCCAUCAAGCGCUGGAAGAUUUGGCAAGUUUAAUUAAAAUGCUGAAAUCGAACUCUAAGUACAAGUCAUCAAAGGUGGUGGUGGUGGGUGGAUCGUAUGCGGGAAAUCUUGCGGUUUGGAUGAAGAAACUGUAUCCUGAGCUGGUGGACGCAGCCCUCUCCAGCAGUGCUCCUGUCCUAGCCAAAAAAGACUUUAAAGAAUACUUUGACACUGUUCGUUACACGUUCGGUAAAUAUGGGAAUUAUGGCUGCCUGGAUAAAAUAAAAAAGAACUUUAAAGUUGAUGAAGAUUUAUUGAAAACUCCAGAAGGAAGAGAAGAACUGAAGAAAAAAUAUAAUAUAUGCCCAGAAGUGGAUAUGGCGGUAUUAGAAAAUCAACAAUUGUUCUUUUCGUGGUUUGAGUACUUAGAUUUGAAGGUAAAUUCGCAAUAUGGUUUGCCUUAUAUUGUUAAGGGCUGGUGCAGACAAAAGAGACAUAAACAGCGUGAAGUCAAACCUAUUUGGCGGAAUGGUUGUAAUGACGUUGACUUUAAACAUUAUGAUUGGACUCAAGGACCGUACGCUGCAUGGAUAUAUCAAACUUGCACAGAAUUCGGCUAUGAGCAAACUACAUCGUCAGAGAAACAACCUUUUGUACACUGGAAUCCACUAGAGUUUUUGCUAAAGUCCUGUAAAGGUUUUGUUAAAGGAGAUAUUGAAAAGACAAUAGACGAAGGGGUAGCCAGGACAAACAAAAGAUACGGAGGGUUGACGCCAAAUGUAACCAAGGUAGUGUUCACUCAUGGUGAUAUGGAUCCUUGGCACACUCUUGGAGUGCUUCAAGACUUGGGGCCUGACGCGCCGGUCAUAAUGACUAACGGGACCUCACAUUGCGGGGUCCUGGUAAUGUUGCCUGGUGAACCAGUAGAAAUGAAAAAAAAUCGAAAACACGUGAUAGAGCUUAUCAUGAAAUGGAUUUCCCAAUAAUCUGAGAUUCUCAUUAAAGUUGUAACUGCGCAUUGAUAA